AUGAACAAUCGUGUGUAUACUUGUGAGAUGAUGGAAAUGUUCAACUGUGAGGUUUUAAUGCUCAUUGCCAAUUUCAGAUGCCGUGAUAUGGAGAAUAAAGAAACGCUCAAAGGGUUACACAAGAUGGACGAUCGCCCAGAAGAACGAAUGAUCCGGGAAAAGCUGAAGGCAACCUGCAUGCCCGCCUGGAAACAUGAAUGGCUGGAAAGGAGAAGUAGGCGAGGCCCGGUGGUGGUAAAACCCAUCCCUGUUAAAGGAGAUGGAUCUGAUAUGAAUAAUAUGGUAGCUGAGACUCAAGCAGAGGCCCAGGCGAGCACCACUUCAUCAGCUCCCAAAGGCCGGAGGAGUCCUUCCCCCAGCAGCUCUCCAUCUGGUCGUACAGUGAAAUCAGAAUCCCCAGGAGUAAGAAGAAAGAGAGUUUCUCCAGUGCCUUUUCAGAGUGGAAGAAUCACCCCACCCAGAAGAGCACCUUCACCAGAUGGCUUCUCACCAUACAGCCCCGAGGAGACAAGCCGCCGUGUGAACAAAGUGAUGCGUGCCCGGCUGUACUUGCUGCAGCAAAUAGGACCCAACUCUUUCUUGAUUGGAGGAGACAGUCCUGACAACAAGUACCGAGUGUUUAUUGGGCCUCAGAACUGCAGCUGUGGACGUGGAACAUUUUGUAUUCAUCUAUUGUUUGUCAUGCUCCGGGUGUUUCAGCUAGAACCUUCAGAUCCUAUGUUAUGGAGAAAAACCUUAAAAAAUUUUGAAGUUGAGAGUUUGUUCCAGAAAUAUCACAGCAGGCGUAGCUCAAGAAUCAAAGCUCCAUCUCGUAACACCAUCCAGAAGUUUGUUUCACGCAUGUCAAAUUCUCAUACAUUGUCAUCCUCUAGUACGUCUACAUCUAGUUCAGAAAACAGUAUAAAAGAUGAAGAGGAACAGAUGUGUCCUAUCUGUUUGUUGGGCAUGCUUGAUGAAGAAAGUCUCACCGUGUGUGAAGACGGCUGUCGGAAUAAGCUGCACCACCACUGCAUGUCAAUCUGGGCAGAAGAAUGUAGAAGAAAUAGAGAACCUUUAAUAUGUCCCCUUUGUAGGUCUAAGUGGAGAUCUCAUGAUUUCUACAGCCACGAGUUGUCAAGCCCUGUGGAUUCUCCCUCUUCCCUGCGAGCUGCUCAGCAGCCAGGCACAGUGCAGCAGCCCAUAGCUGGAUCACAACGAAGGAACCAGGAGAGCAAUUUUAAUCUUACUCAUUACGGAACUCCUCAGAUCCCUUCUGCUUAUAAAGAUUUAGCUGAGCCAUGGAUUCAGGUGUUCGGGAUGGAACUUGUAGGCUGCUUAUUUUCUAGAAACUGGAAUAUCAGAGAGAUGGCACUCAGGCGUCUUUCCCACGAUGUUAGUGGGGCCCUGCUAUUGGCUAAUGGGGAGAGCACUGGAAAUGCUGGGGGCAGUGGUGGAAGCAGCCCAAGUGCUGGAGCUGCCACCGGGUCUUCCCAGACCAGUAUCUCAGGAGACGUGGUAGAGGCCUGCUGCAACGUCCUAGCCAUGGUCUGCGCCGACCCUGUCUACAAAGUGUACAUCGCUGCUUUGAAAACAUUGAGAGCCAUGCUAGUAUAUACUCCUUGCCAUAGUUUGGCAGAAAGAAUCAAACUUCAGAGACUCCUCCGGCCAGUUGUGGACACCAUCCUGGUCAAGUGUGCAGAUGCCAACAGUCGCACAAGUCAGCUGUCUAUAUCAACUCUGUUGGAAUUAUGCAAAGGUCAAGCUGGAGAAUUGGCAGUUGGCAGAGAAAUACUCAAAACUGGGUCCAUUGGUAUUGGUGGUGUUGAUUAUGUCUUAAAUUGUAUUCUUGGAAACCAAACUGAAUCAAACAACUGGCAGGAACUCCUGGGCCGACUUUGUCUUAUGGAUAGACUGCUUUUGGAAUUUCCUGCUGAAUUUUACCCUCAUAUUGUCAGUACUGAUGUUUCACAAGCUGAGCCUGUUGAAGUCAGGUAUAAGAAGCUGCUGUCUCUCCUAACCUUUGCUUUGCAGUCCAUUGAUAACUCCCACUCAAUGGUUGGCAAGCUCUCCCGAAGGAUAUAUUUGAGUUCGGCAAGGAUGGUCACCGCAGUUCCUCAUGUAUUCUCAAAACUCUUAGAAAUGCUGAAUGUCUCCAGUUCCAGUCAUUUUACCAGGAUGCGUCGCCGUCUGAUGGCUAUCGCAGAUGAGGUGGAAAUUGCUGAGGCUAUAGAGCUGGGUGUAGAGGAUACUUCGGGUGGUUUGCAUGACAGCCUCCUACAGGCAUCUCUCUCUAGCAGCUAUCUCGAAACCACAGAGAACAGCUCCCUUGAGCAGACAGACCAUUCAGAGAAAACUGGAAAAGCAUUGUGUGCUGCAAAACUGAGUGCCAGCUCAGAGGAGAUUUCUGACAGACUGGCUGGCGUUUCAGUAGGACUUGGAAAUUCAACAACAAUGGAGCAACCAAAGCCAAUGGUUCAAACAAAAGGCAGACCCCAUAGUCAGUGUUUGAACUCCUCUCCUUUGUCCCAGCAUUCCCAGAUGAUGUUCCCAGCCUUGUCAACCCCUUCUUCAUCUGCCCCAUCUGUACCAGCUGGCACUGUAACAGAUGUUGCUAAGCACAGACCUCAGGGAUUCAUUCCUUGUGCGUCUCCUCAAACGCAACGCAAGUUUUCUCUACAGUUCCAACGGAACUGUUCUGAAAACAGCGAUUCAGAUAAACUUUCCCCAAUCUUUACUCAGUCAAGACCUGCACCCUCCAGUACUAUACACAGGCCAAAGCCAUCUCGCCCUACCCCAGGUAGCACAUGUAAACAAGGAGAUGCCUCCAAGACCAGCAUGACACUUGAUCUCCACAGUACUUCUAAACGUGAGGACAGCUUUGGCAGUAGCAGCAGUAGCAGUAAUGCUGUCAUACCCAGUGAUGAGACAGUGUUCACCCCUGUGGAAGAGAAAGGCAGAUUAGAUGCCAAUGCAGAGCUCAAUUCCAGUAUUGAGGACCUUCUGGAAGCCUCGAUGCCUUCAAAUGACACAACAGUAACUUUUAAGUCAGAAGUUGCUGUCCUCUCCCCUGAAAAAGAGGAAAAUGAUGACACCUAUAAAGAUGAUGUGAAUCAUAAUCAGAAAUGCAAAGAAAAGAUGGAGGCAGAAGAAGAAGAAGCUUUAGCCAUCGCUAUGGCGAUGUCAGCAUCUCAGGAUGCUCUCCCUGUAGUUCCUCAACUGCAGGUUGAAAAUGGAGAGGAUAUCAUCAUUAUACAACAGGAUACCCCAGAGACACUACCAGGACACACCAAAGCAAAACAGCCUUAUCGAGAGGACUCCGAUUGGCUGAAAGGUCAGCAGAUAGGAUUGGGGGCGUUUUCGUCUUGUUAUCAGGCUCAAGAUGUGGGAACUGGAACUUUAAUGGCUGUUAAGCAGGUGACUUAUGUCAGAAACACAUCUUCUGAACAAGAAGAAGUAGUAGAAGCGUUAAGAGAAGAGAUAAGGAUGAUGAGCCAUCUGAACCAUCCAAACAUUAUUAGGAUGUUGGGAGCCACAUGUGAGAAGAGCAAUUAUAAUCUCUUCAUUGAAUGGAUGGCAGGGGGAUCUGUGGCUCAUCUGCUCAGCAAAUAUGGAGCCUUUAAGGAAUCAGUAGUUAUAAACUAUACUGAACAGUUACUUCGUGGCCUUUCCUAUCUCCAUGAAAACCAGAUCAUUCACAGAGAUGUCAAAGGUGCCAAUUUGCUCAUUGACAGCACAGGUCAGAGACUAAGAAUCGCAGAUUUUGGAGCUGCUGCCAGGUUGGCAUCUAAAGGAACUGGUGCCGGAGAAUUUCAGGGACAGUUACUUGGGACAAUUGCAUUUAUGGCACCUGAGGUACUAAGAGGUCAACAGUAUGGCAGAAGCUGUGAUGUGUGGAGUGUUGGCUGUGCUAUUAUAGAAAUGGCCUGUGCGAAACCACCUUGGAAUGCAGAAAAACACUCGAAUCAUCUUGCUCUGAUAUUUAAGAUUGCUAGUGCAACUACUGCUCCAUCAAUCCCUUCACACCUGUCUCCCGGCUUACGAGACGUGGCUCUUCGAUGUUUAGAACUUCAGCCUCAGGACAGACCUCCCUCAAGAGAGCUACUAAAGCAUCCAGUCUUCCGCACUACCUGGUAGCCAAGUAUAUGAACUAGACAGUGAGAAGAUGGAUGCACAGUAAGAGAGGGAAAAAAAACUUGUGGGGAACCACAUUGAAAAUGUGCUGGCCUUCAUGCCACUGGACCAGCUAGAAAUGAGACCAGUGGGGAACCCUAGCCUAAGUAUGUGAUUGACAAAUCAUGAUCUUUACCUAAGCUUAGUAUGCAAAAGUCCACAAUUCGUGCAAAAACUGUAAACCGUGCCUUUCAAAGAACUGGCCCUAGGUGAACAGGAAAGCAAUGAGUUUGCAUGGCUAAUUAACAGAAGCAUAAUUUUAUUUUUUUAGAGCACUUUUUCAGCAAUAUUAGCAGCUGAGGGGCUCAGGAUCUAUUUUAAUGUUUCAAUUACUCUUCCAUUUCAUGUCUUGAUCACAAGAGGGGGUUCUGCCAUUCCCUUCAGUUUAUUUGUCACUGACUAUAAGAAAUCACUG